AUGAAUAAAGAUGUUAUAUAAAGUCCAAACUCUAUGCAAAGUUAGCAAAUGUAGAGCAGUUUAACUGAUAGUAUAGAAACUAGGUCUUCUAAAAGUAUAUCUGAUACUAGCAAUAAGAAUUAUAGUUUUGACUAUUCUGGUUGCCAAAUGCACUGUUAGUUAUAUAUCAAAGGAUUAAUGACUAAAAAGAAAGUGAACAUGUAUUUCCACCAAAAUUAAAUUAUUUUAUCAAACGAAGCAUAUGCAAAGAAACCUAAAAGAAUUAUAUAGUUAGGUUUUUAUGACAUAGUGAAGUGGGUAGUUUAGAAAUCUGAUACUUAGCUAACCUACACAGGAAUGAUUUUGACUAUUAGAAAAGAAAAAGAAGAUAAAACUUUUGAAAAGAUAGAAGAUUUUGAAUUUAUAGGAGACUCAAUCAUCCUUGAACAGGUUAAAGAUUACCUUCGUAGAUACAUAUUUUAAACUAGGAUACAAGAUGAGUAUAUAAUAUAAGCUUAAAUAGGAAAAGGAAAUUAUGCAAGAGUUUUUUCAGCAAGACAUCGCUAGACAGGUUCUAAGAUUGCUCUAAAAUGUUUUGAAAAAGAAAAAUUAAGAAAAACAGAAAAUGGAUAUAAAUCACUAGAAAAGGAAAUAAAAAUUAUGUAAACUGUUGGCAGUCAUCCUAACUUACUAGAAUUCAUUGGAUCUUAUGAGGGCGAAAAUACAUAUUAUGUUGCUAUGGGUCUGAUAGAAGGAAAUUCUUUAUAUAAUGAAAUCAAGAAAAGAAAAGAUGAAAAGUUUCCUAUUUAAAAAAUAAAAAGUUUCAUUCAGUAGAUUAUUAGUGGAGUCUUGCAUUUUUAAAAAUAUGGAGUCAUGCAUAGAGAUUUAAAACCUGAGAAUAUUAUGUUUAAAAGAAAAGAAAACUUAGAUGAGCUGGUAAUUGUAGAUUUUGGUUUAGCUGAAUUUGAAAAUGAACCAUAAUAUCUUUUUAGCAAAUGUGGUACUCCUGGUUAUGUGGCACCUGAAGUUGCUAAUUAUAAAGAAGAACUCUAAAAUCGUUACACUACCAAAUGUGACAUGUUCAGUGUUGGUGUUAUUCUGCAUACAUUGCUUUAUCACUCUUCUGUAUUUUAUGGAAAGAAAUUUAAUGAUGUAUUGCUAAAAAAUAAAGAAUGCAAAAUCGAUUUUAAUUCAAAACUCUAUGAAAAUACUUCAGAAAGAACUAUGAAUUUUAUGAAAGGACUACUUGAGAAAGAUCCAAUUAAACGUUUAUCUGCUUAAUAGGCCUUAAACCAUGAAUUCUUUUAUGAUAUAGAUGAAGAUGAAACUUAAUAGAUCCGUAAAAAAGCUGGUUCAUGGAACAUUUCUGCACCAAAAUUAGAAUAAGAUGAAAUCGUUGUAAACGUUUAGCAAACUGAAUAACAGAGCCCUGGUUUAAAUAAUAAUAACAACAAAUAAGCUGGAAGUUUAAGAAAAAGAGCUUGCACAUCACAAAUAUAGUAACAGCUGAAAAAUAAUCUUUUGAAUAUUCCAAGUUUAGGGUCUGGGUAAACUUAAAACAAUGAAGCUGCAAUUAAUUCUUUUAAUAAUGCUUUGAGCUAAGAGUAGAUAAGCACAUCUUUCCAUCAUAAUAUUUAUAAUAUGUUCUAAAGUAACAUGACUAAUAGUGUUGCAAAAGGAAAUAACUAAUAGUCUGAUGGCAAAUCUAAUAUAAUGGAAUCAGCAAAAUUAUCUAUAGAAUUAGGUUCAAGUCCCUACAUGCAACCUAUGAAUCCUGAAAUGGUGAGCAGUAGUGACUAAAAAAAAUAAAUUUAGCUUAAUAAAGUCUAAGAGGAAGAAGAGGAUACCGAAUCUCCUAAUAUUAGAAAAAAGAUGAAGCUGGUACCAAAAGAUUUCAAAAUAGGAAUAUUACAGCAUUUAGAAAAACAACAGAGUGACACUAUCGUUGAAGUUGAGAAAGAAUUAGAUUCCAUAUUGAAGCUGUCAAAACUUAAUAGCUAAUAAAAUAAAAACUAGAAAGAGAGUGACAUCAAAGUAUCUGAAUAAAAUGAAAGUCAAGAAAUUGACCGUAGUUUAGAUUUAGAUGAAUAGGAUAAAAAGCAACAUUUAGAAAAAUUAAAUCUAGAUUUACCAAAUAAUCAACAUCAAGAAAUUCAAGAAAUAAAAUGA